AGUUAAAUUUUUAAUUAUUUCAAAUCUUACGCCUUACUAUAAAACCAAUUUUACCUUAUUAUAAUGUUACAGGGUCAAAUCUACGAUGAACAAAUCAUAAACGAAAAUAUCGAAAGGUUAAAUGAAUACUUAAAUGGAACUACAAAAACAAUUUUCGACAUUAGAGUAAGUGAAGAUAUUUCUUCAAUCUCAAUCCAAAUAUUAGAAUCAGUAACUAGCUUAGAAAACGAAAUCAACGACUGUCUCACUAGUAUUUUAUUUGCUAAAUCAAAUAUUAUUCAUCCCUCUAUAAUAUCACUAGACAGACUUUAUCAAGAACUUCUUCUCUCAAACCACGCUAGAUCUAACAAACAAUUAGUUAGUCCUGUAACGAUUAAUAAUAUAAAUAAUAUCCUAGACUCAUCUCAACUCUCUGCAUAUGUCUACUCGAAUAGAUUAGUAUAUAUUUUAGACUUCCCACUUGUAAAAUCAGAAGCCCUAAAAUUAUACCAUAUAUACUCUAUCCCGAUCCAACAUCCCAAUUCCUCACUCCACACAACGAUCCUUCCGGAGCACAAGUAUUUAGCUACGAACCCCAGCGGCGAACACUACAUCUCUACGAGCUCACUGGACAACUGUAAAAUCUACGCAGAGAAACGAAGCGUCUGCAGCGACCUCGUCGUUUAUGAUGCAGAUACUCGCCCAAUAUGUGAACUUCAAGUUUUGUUCAGCGCCUCCAACAAAGUUCCAAGCAGCUGCACCACUUCAACAUUCGCGGCAAUCAUCAACACGUUCCAACCACUAGCCGACAACCGAUGGAUCUACAUACUGACCAACGUGACACAAUGUAUUCUUCAGUGUGAUAGCCAAGUGUCACAUCAUAAUAUUCAAGGAUCUGGAAUCAUCACGCUUCAAGAAAAUUGCAAACUCCACACUGGGUACAGCACUCUCUCAGCGCAUCAAAUUAAACAAGAAAAUAUUACUUACCCUAUCAUAGUUCCUGACAUUCAAACAGAUGACUGCUUUGAAGACAUUAAAAGUCUUACUACCCCCAAUCUUCUUCCUAUUUCAAUUAACGAGAUCCCGUUGGACUCACUCAAUACCCUCAAGCAUCAGCUUGAUAAUCACAAUAAUGAAAUACAAAAGAUCAAGAACACCCCUUUCAUACAAAGAAACCAAAACGGAUUCUCAUGGUUUUCUUUUAUUUCUGGCACCCUAAUGCUACUUCUCGUGCUAUAUGCACUAUUCAAGAAAUGCCUACGAUUCCGAAUGAACCGUAGACCCUUCGAGGACAACAACCACUGUGUCCAGAUAUUUAAUAACUGCUUCGGUUCCUCAUCAUCACGUCGAAGAACAACCCACGUCCAAGCCAUCCCGAUGACCACAAUUGGAGUCCCAACAACUACAUCGUGCAUCUCAGAAGACGAAGACGACGACCUCAACAAUCUCCAAAGAUCAGGCACACAUGCCCAAUCUUUAUUUUAAGGGGGGAGGUGUUAUAUCAUACCCAAUAUACCUAUUGUUAUAUCAUACCCAAUAUACCUAUAAUUAUUAUCUUCUAUAAACUUGUGUAUCAUAAAUU